CGCUUCAUGGAAACAGUAGUUGAGGAUUUCCGGGCUGACUGUCGGUUUCCGCUUUCUCGUCCAUUGCGCCCGUAGAUUUUGCCGAGUCCUUAAACGAUUUUGAAAUCCCUAUUUUCACUUCAAGAUGGGUAGGGAGGACAAGGCAAGCUGGAAGUCUAGCUACUUCACCAAACUUAUCCAACUUUUGGAUGAUUAUCCAAAAUGCUUUAUUGUGGGCGCGGACAAUGUCGGCUCAAAGCAGAUGCAGCAGAUUCGCAUGUCCCUUCGAGGGAGUGCUGUCGUGCUCAUGGGAAAGAACACCAUGAUGAGGAAAGCAAUUCGCGGUCACAUCGAGCGUAACGCUGCCCUCGAGAAGCUCCUGCCUCACAUCCGAGGUAACGUGGGCUUUGUCUUCACUCGUGGAGACCUCGUCGAGGUCAGGGAUAAAUUGCUUGAGAACAAAGUCAGAGCCCCCGCAAGAGCCGGUGCCAUUGCACCAUUGAGCGUCAUCAUUCCAGCUCAAAAUACUGGAUUGGGUCCUGAGAAAACAUCCUUCUUCCAGGCCCUCAGUAUCCCAACCAAGAUUUCCAAGGGUACUAUUGAAAUUAUCAAUGAUGUCCACAUUUUGAAACCUGGUGACAAAGUUGGAGCUUCAGAAGCAACUCUCCUCAACAUGUUGAACAUCUCUCCAUUCUCAUAUGGUCUUCUGGUCGAGCAGGUGUACGACUCUGGCACUAUUUUCGCACCAGAGAUUCUCGAUAUCAAACCCGAGGAUCUCCGUGAGAAAUUCAUGGCUGGUGUUGCCAAUUUGGCUUCAGUCUGUUUGGCUAUUGGUUAUCCCACUGUUGCCAGUGUUCCGCACAGUAUCGCCAACGGAUUCAAAAAUCUGUUGGCCAUUGCUGCUGUCACUGAGGUUGAAUUUGCUGAAGCUACCACCAUCAAAGAAUACAUCAAGGACCCGAGUAAAUUCGCCGCCGCAGCCGCUGUCUCUGCCCCAGCAGCCGCCGCCGCUGCUGCACCAGCUGCUGACAAGAAGGAGGAGAAGAAGGAAGAAUCCGAAUCUGAGGAUGACGACAUGGGUUUCGGUCUCUUCGAUUAAAUGGAAAUAUUUCCCUGACUUUGUUCUAUUGACCGCAGAUAUUCUUCUUCAAUGGGAAUUAUGCUGCUGAUGUUUUGUACCGACGUCCGAAUAAAGUACAGAAAAAUCAUAAAAA